GGGAUAGAAAGACAAAGGUUCUCAAAACCCCAUGAUUCAAAAUUCUCUUUCUCUUUCUUUUUCUUUUUCUCUCUCUCCUCCUCCAAGUAUAGCUAGUGUGUUCCUUUUCUUUCCUCUACUUAAUCAAGAGUAGUAAAGAACUCUCAAAGUUUCUCCAAAACAAAAAAAAACCAAGACUUGAGGAAAAGUAGUAUUGGAAAGAAGAAGAUAUAUAUCGAGUAAAUAAGAAAGAGAAAUUUAGUUAGUUGUAAGAGUUUUAAUUAGGAGAGAAAAUGAAUAGAGUUCAUGUUAUGGAGAAAUCACCAGUACAACAAAUAAUUGGUGGAAGCCCUAACUGGUGGAACAUGAUGAAUAAUAUGAGGCCUCCCAUAUCAUCAUCUCAGCAAUCUGUUGCUACUUCUCAUCAUGUUUUGCCUCCUAAUAAUCUUUUUCCUCAUUUCUCUUCAUCUACUGCAGCUACUUCAUGGAAUGACAACCAAGAUCAGCUACCUGAAUCAUGGAGCCAAUUACUUCUAGGUGGCUUGGUAGGAGAAGAAGACAAGUCAGUACAUAUGCAGGUGAAGAAAUUGGAGAACAAUUGGGAUGAACAGACGUUCCUUAACCAGCCUCAUUCUGUUAUAGACGUUAAUCAAAAAGAUGUUGCAAAUAGCUACACAUAUGAACAUGGAAAUAAUGUGGACUUCCAUCAGCAGACUGCUAAACCAACUUGGUCAGUUCAGAUGAUACCAGUCUCCUCUCCCAAGUCUUGUGUUACAACUUUGAGCUGCAACAUGCUCGAUUUUUCUAAGAAAAACUCAGAUGCAAGGCACCCACCUCCAGAUCAUUCAUCUGAGUGCAACAGCAGAGUAGCUACAAGUGGGACACCUAAUAAGAAGGCUAGGGUUCAACCAUCUUCAACUCAGUCCACUUUCAAGGUGAGAAAGGAAAAAUUGGGGGACAGAAUAACAGCCCUUCACCAACUUGUUUCCCCAUUUGGGAAGACUGACACAGCUUCUGUCCUGUUAGAAGCUAUUGGGUACGUCAGAUUCCUCCAGAGCCAAAUUGAGGCCCUUAGCUUGCCGUACCUAGGAAGUGGAUCAGGAAAUAUGAGGCAGCAACAAUCUGUUCAUGAGAGGAAUAGUUUAUUUCCUGAAGACCCUGGUCAGCUAUCCAAUGACAACUGCCUGAAAAGGAAGGCAAACAGUGAGAAGGAGUAUCAAGAAGAACCCAAAAAGGAUCUGAGGAGUAGAGGGUUAUGUCUAGUUCCACUAUCAUGUACACUGCAAGUUGGGAGUGACAAUGGAGCAGAUUACUGGGCUCCGGCAUUCGGAGGAGGUUUCCGGUGAAUGGAAGAAAUAAAAAUUUGGCACAUUUAAGAAGAUACAAAAACCAAGUCGCACCAAAUUAAGUGCUAGCUAUAACAUCAUGAUCGCUCAAUCUGCUAAAAGUCUAAGGUUGAUUGCUUAUGAUGCUAUACAUUUUCUGCUGAAUUAAUGCAACGAUGUGAUGUAAUAUUAUAUAGUCAAGCUUUCAAUUUGGCCUUAGAACUCAUUAACUAUGGUCUAGUUUUUCCUCUUUCAUCGUCAAGUAUUCGUACAAUGAUCAUUUCAUGACUUCAUGUAUAUGUCAUUCCUCUACGAUAAGCAUUCAUUUUUAUGCUGCUAUUAAGCUGCAUAUUUUCUCCUA